UUAAAAGCGUUCAGAAGAGCUCGUCUCCUCUCUCUCCCUCCGCGUUCUUAUCAGUACGUUGUCCGCGCCUAGGCACCAAAGUCCAAAGCAACAGCCAUAGCUCGAUCUCGAUCCCCGGCGCGACGAAAGAAAAAGAAGCGGCGGCAGGUCGACAGGUCGAUCAACUAAGGUGGAUCCCCGGAGGCAUGGGAAGAGGCCCCUACCCGCCGACGAGGAGGAGGAACAGCCGCCACCGCCGCCGUCAGCAGCCAAGCACGAGCAGGUGGAGGAGCAGCCGUAUCACCACCUCAUCGGGCGCGCUCUGCAGCAGCAAGGAGCUGCCAGCGCCUGCGGAAGCUCGGGAGCAGAUGUGGCCGACCCUUCCCCGUCACCGGAGGCGUACGCGCAGUACUACUACUCGGCGCGCGCCGACCACGACGCCACCGCCAUGGUCUCCGCUCUGUCCCACGUCAUCCGCGCCACACCGGACCAGCAACAAGCCUACUACCCCGCCGGAUCCGCCGCUGUCUCAGGAGAACAGCAGCAUCAGCACGAUGCGGCGGCUGCCGCGGCCAUCGCUGAGGAACAAGGGAGGAAGCGGCACUACAGAGGGGUGAGGCAGCGGCCAUGGGGAAAGUGGGCGGCGGAGAUCCGGGACCCCAAGAAAGCGGCUCGUGUGUGGCUCGGCACCUUUGACACGGCUGAGGACGCCGCCAUCGCCUACGACGAAGCGGCGCUGCGCUUCAAGGGCACCAAGGCCAAGCUCAACUUCCCCGAGCGCGUCCAGGGACGCACCGACCUCGGCUUCGUUGUCACGCGCGGCAUACCCGACAGAUUGCAGCAACAACAACACUACCCCGCCACCGUGGGGGCGCCGGCAAUGCGGCCACCGCCGCACCAGCUGCAGACCGUGGUGCCGUACCCUGACCUCAUGCGGUAUGCACGGCUGUUGCAGGGCGCUGGCAGUGCCGGGGGCGCUGUCAACCUGCCGUUCGGCGCCAUGUCGCCCCCGUCGAUGUCCUCGUCGGCGCCGCACAUACUCGACUUCUCGACACAGCAGCUCAUCCGAGUGAGCCCGGCGUCUCCCGCGGCGGCAAUGUCGAGCUCAGGCACAACGGGGCCGUCCACCUCAUCGUCCACGACUACGGCAUCGUCGCCAGGUGCUGCAUGGCCGUACACUGGGGAGCACAAAAAUAAUAAAGACUCGUGAGAGAUCAAUGGAUCGAAGGUGCUUGCGAUCCAUCGGGACAUGUCUUAGCAGUAGAUGAGGAAUACGCAUGCAUUCAUCAUGCAAUAAGGUGGGUAAGUGUUGGUCAAUUAAUUUUGCUGGUGAACAUUUCUUUCCUUCUUCUUAUCCCCAAAUUUGUUUAUCUAAAGCUCUUGUUUUGUUUAUUUUUACUUUAAUAAUGGGUGAUUUUUUUUGGCGGGUAAUGGGUGACUCUUAACUAGCUAGGUACUAGUUGUACUAAAUUAGUGACAAGUAACAUAGAACAGAAGGAGACCUUGUUCCUUGGUCUAAUCGUUUAUCGUUUCUCUUCUCUUUUAUGAAGUGUACAUAAGUCUUAGAUGAAAGUACAUCCAUUUAGUACCAAUACCUUUGGAUUGUAGACACAAAACUCAAAUCAAAUAAUUAAAUAUCAGAUGACUUUAGGAACAUUGUUUGCAAAAUUAAACUCAUAGAAAAAAGGGGAACCCUCUCAAUUUUCUGACAAUUAACCUAAAAUUUUGACUUUGUGUGUGCGGAUUAUUCUUUCAUAACCUCUUGCAUCGAGCAUUUGUUCUUUCAAUUUGCCAGCUAGUAUGACAUAUAGCUACGUCCUUGUCAAAUGUAACUAUAUCAACCAUGCAUUCAUGUGCCAUAGAGUUCUUGCAGGUAUGUACAUGCAGCAUUUUUCAAACUCAAAGUAUGAGAUAUACUUUCAUAAGAAAUAAAAUGCAGAGAACCGUAACGAGAAUAUAAUCUAGAAUAUAUUGUGAAGGGCAUUUUGUAUUAAGUGCACAUCCAUGAGUACCGGUACUAAUUACUAAGUUUGCUGAAGUCGUCGCUUGCUUUAAUCACCAGAUGCUAGCACUAUCAUGCAUCUUCUUUUUUUGCGAGUAAACUACCAUGCAUCCAUAUGAUGGUGAUAAUGAUACGAACAUGCGUCUGACACGUACAUAUCUUCAGUUUCUAUGCAAUUUUUUAACAAAUACUCC